UAUUGGCUUACGGCAAUUCGGGAAAUACAGAUCUGUUCCAAAACACUUUUGGUUCUACUAUUUACUCUAUUUCCGGAAAAUUUUUGUCAACAACUGUAGGUGAUACAGGGUGUUUUAUCGAAAAGCGGCAGAAUCAAUGAAGGGAAAAAUGAAUUGUAUAUAUUUACCAGCAUUAUGCCAGGCAAAAGGAAUAAAGCCCAACAGUCCAAAACAAGUCAGGUGAAAAGACCACGUCGUGCACAGAACGGAACUGGAGAGUCCAAUACCAAUGAUGCUGUGGCUGUCGAUACAAGCACUCAACCCCUUGAUGUUCCUCCUGAAACCUUGGCUGCAUUAACCCAAACCAUAACAAAGGCAGUCACGGAGAAGGUGUUAGCAGAGAUAAAACCAUUACUGCAACAUCAGGGGAGUAUCUCUGUUCAUAAUAUGGGGGAGAAAAGGGAAAUAAUGCUUCCACUACAUCAAGCAAUAGCUUAACAGCAGGUCCUUCUGGGUCAGUUUGUCAAAUAACAAAUAAGUCAGUGGAUGCAAGUAUCUCAGGAUUGGUAUCAGGUGCUGUAAUCGAACACAGUUCACAGAUUGUAGGUACUGAACUUCCACCUGCAGCAAAUGUCGGUAAGAAAUCAGGUUUUGUAAGCUCAUCAGUACCGAUAGAGGCAACUGUUUCUGACAAAAUAAAAUCUAAAAUUUGGUCAAAACAAUAUGUUGAUAUGGCUCUGUUGUUAAAAAAGGAAAAGGGGAAAAGUAAGUAUUCUAUCAAGGUAGAGGAACAGGAUCAGACAGGUAAGGUGGUAAUCCACAAUAUGCGAUCCACAGAUGACGACGAAGUUAGGGAUGGUUCGUUAUCCCUGCAUGACUGGGUAACUGCGUGGAAUAGGUAUAUGACAAUAUAUUGCAUUAAAGAUUCACUUGCACAGCCAAAGCUUGCAAAACACAUGGAAUCAGUAAGGCAAAUUGCAGAGGAAAAGGGGGACUGGAGAAAAUAUGAUAAGGAGUUCAGGGAACUCAUAGAACAAGGUGAGGUAGAAUGGGGUGAUGUCCAUAUGGAGAUAUAUGUUAAUGCUCGCCUCAAACAAUCAGAAAAGAAGUCAAGCAAAAUAACAGCAGACCGUUCGUCAUUUGGUACGUAUGAGGAAGUUCCUCAGGGCUCAUGCUUUGCCUAUCACAAAACUGGAAGGUAUUGUAGGCUUGGUUCAUCAUGCAAAUUCCAGCACAGAUGUUAUAACUGUGGUGGUUUCCAUCCAAUCUAUAUAUGUAAAAAACCAAUUCAACGGCCAUUUCGUUUCUUGGACAAAUCCAGAACCCAAAAACCAUUUCAAGGAAAUGGCACAUCAACCAACACAGGUAAUGCUAAAUUCUCAAAGCCAACCUAUCCCACAAAAGGGUCCAACUCCAGUAAAUCCCAGUAAAUUAGAGUACUGGUUGGUGGGGUAUGACAAGGUAGAAACAGAAUUUUUAGUUAAUGGUUUUCGAUAUGGGUUCCACAUUGGUUACACAGGGGAAAGUAGAAAUACUCUUUCAAAAAAUUUAAAAUCGGCACUGGACUUACCAGAAGUUAUUAGCAAAAAGUUAGAAAAGGAGAUAAAUUUGGGUAGAA